CCUCUUUGAUCCGGUCUGUCCCGCUUCGCAUGUUUUCGAUGUGGAAAAUAGUGGAUACAAGAAAAUUAUUAUAAACCCGAGAAUCUAUGAACAUUGAUAAAAAAAAAUAUUAAGAUGUUGGCGAGAAUACCCCAGGGACCGCUGACCACCGCCUUCAAGACUGGAUCCGGUCGCACAAAAUGUGUGACCCACUGGCGAAAAUGUUUCUCUUCAGAAAGCAAAUCCCCGGAGGUGUCUCACAGUGUGACAGGUUUCCCUCCUCUAUCGGAGCCUCUCUCGAGUCUUCCCAAGGCCAUUUACUCAUCUGCCAAAGAGGAGAACCAAACAACUCAGAUAACAAUCCUACCGAAUGGCCUGCGAGUGGCCUCUGAGAACCGUUUCGGUCAGUUCUGCACAGUAGGUGUCCUCAUAGACUCAGGACCUAGAUUCGAGGUGGCAUAUCCCAGCGGAAUCUCCCACUUUCUCGAGAAACUCGCCUUCAACUCCACGAGAAACUACGAGAGCAAGGACCACAUAAUGCUGAUGCUGGAGAAGCACGGAGGUAUCUGCGAUUGUCAGGCAUCGAGGGACACUUUUGUUUACGCAGCAUCAGCAGAGCGUCAGGGUUUGGAUGCAGUUACCAAAGUGCUGGGGGACAUAGUCUUGCGUCCGAGAAUCACAGAUGAGGAGUUGAGUACAGCUGGACAGACAGUGGCCUUCGAGCUCGAGUCCCUGCUGACGAGACCUGAACAGGAGCCCCUCCUCAUCGACAUGAUCCAUGCAGCAGCUUACAGGGACAACACCCUGGGUCUCCCCAAAAUCUGCCCACAGGUGAAUAUCGAUAAAAUCGAUAGGAAAAUUCUGUUUACGUACCUGAAGAACCACUACACCCCUGGGAGAAUGGUUGUGGCUGGAGUGGGAAUUGAUCAUAAUGAACUAGUCAGUGCUGUGGAGAAGUACUUUGUCGAGGACAAGCCCAUCUGGGAAGAGGACAAUAGCCUGGUGCUUUCUGACAGGGGAGCAAAUCUCGUAGACGAGUCUGUGGCGCAGUACACUGGGGGAUAUAUCCUCGAGGAGUGCAGUAUUCCUGUUUAUGCUGGACCCAGUGGCCUCCCAGAGUUAUCUCACGUGGUUGUGGGGCUUGAGGGCUGCUCUCACCAAGAUCCUGACUUCAUUGCCAUGUGUGUCCUAAAUAUGAUGAUGGGAGGUGGAGGCAGCUUCAGUGCUGGAGGUCCUGGCAAGGGAAUGUACACCAGGCUCUACACCAAUGUUCUCAACAGGUACCACUGGCUGUACAGUGCAACUGCCUACAAUCAUGCUUAUGCAGACAGUGGACUCUUCUGCAUUCACGCAUCAUCCACUCCAACACACGUCAAGGAGAUGGUCCAGGUGGUGGUGAAAGAGCUCGUUGCCAUGGCUGGACCCAUGACUGAGAGUGAACUCGCCAGGGCCAAAAAGCAGCUGCAAUCCAUGCUACUUAUGAAUCUCGAGCAGAGGCCUGUUGUUUUUGAGGAUAUUGGCAGGCAGGUUCUCGCUACUGGUGUCAGAAAACGACCUGAUUAUUUCAUGCAUGAAAUCGAGAAGAUUACCAGGGAGGAUGUACACAGGGUUGCAAAAAGACUGCUCAAGUCACCACCCAGUGUUGUCGCCCGGGGAGAGAUCACCAAUGUGCCCACCCUUGGGGAUAUUCAGGCCGGACUCCUCGAUAUUCAGGGCAGGAUGCCUGGCACCAGGAGCAGGCUCUCUCUGUUUCGUUGAGCCACUCUCCCAAUUUUUCAACCCAAUUUUUUACCGAAUUGAGAAUUCAGAGCGAAGAAUUCGAUAGCCCAAUUAAAUUAUUUUGUUAAUUAUCGAUUUGAUAUUUAAUGAAAAUAAAAGUCGACUCAUCUCUCGCUUUACUACUUCGCUGCUGAAAUGUGUAGAAUCGUGUUGUGCAAAUUCUUAUUAUUAAUAAAUUUGAGAGUAUUUAUAGAA